AUGGUCAGAGCGAAGGUUGUCCUUCAAGACUACACCGUGAGGAACAUGCUCCUUCACUUGUUUCCCAUCGAGGGGAAGAAAACGGCAUUGGCCAAGUCACAGCAGAUCAAGUCGAUCAUCGAGUCGGUGUCGGAUGGCAACAAUGACAUUGUUCAGGUUUUCAAGGACUUCACUCAGGUGUUCACAAGCGACGGCGAAAAGAGUGAGCCGUUGGGAGCUCGCUUUGCCAAAGUGCUUUUGUCGGGGUUGGGUACUGACUGGGCGGCUUCGGUGUUGGAAUUCUUCGCUCCGAACUAUUUGUUGUUGCUAGCAUUGGUUGCGGAGUUCGCCGCAGCUGCCAUGCGGUUCGUUCGGCUUUCUGAUGGCAAUGACGGUCUCAAAGGUAUUGCGAAAAGCGCUGCGGCAAUUAAUGUUUUGGAAGGUGAACUGAGACAUCUCUUCUCGUACCGAGACACAGCUGGCAACAUCAGAGAGCCAUUCGCGUUGUCGGAUAAGUACACUGCUGGUUUCGUGCAAACGCUGUACCGCGGGUAUGAUUUCACAGGUGCGGGCCAGGCCUAUGUGCGAGACGGACGGCUUGUUUUUUACAAGCAGAAGGCCAGCGGCCAGCAGGUGAGUUUCAUGCUAUGCACAUUCGCUUCGACGAGUCAAGUGGAGCAACAUUUUAGCUUCCUUCAAAUGUUCUCCUCUGCUCGCAAAAGCUCCACUUCCGCCACAAACUUGCUGCACUUGAUGAAAUGCAGACUUGAUGGCCCUCGGCCAGAAGAUGUGGCAUAUCGGGCAGUGGUUGAUGGCUCCACCAAAGUCGUUGGCACAGUGCGAUGCGAGGCCAUACAGGCGUCAUAUGAAGCGCUUCACGGGGUCGCCUCGAAAGGCUCCUCAAAGGAUGGGCUCCCAAGGCGCGCGACCAAGCGGAGCCGAGAUGAUCCUGGAUCCGCUGCUGCGCAGAAGCGGCGUCGAGAAGCGCAGAUCCGAGACAGCGCGGCUGCUGAGGUGGAGGUCAGUGGGGUCGAUGCUGAGAAGAGGGCCGAGCUCGCGGAGUUGGAGUCGAUCACACUGAAGAAUGCCCGGUCAAGGUUUGGCAAGAGGCAGGAGAGCUACCAGAACACGCUUCAACAGUAUGCUAACGCAAAGCGAAAACUUGCAUCGGAAGACAUGUCGCCUCCAAAUCCGGAGUCGGAAGCAGGGAGGAAGCUGGCAGCUCACUGGGCUGAGUUGGCUAACACAGCCAAGAUGAAGGAGCUCGAGCAGCGAUCUUUGAGCCUCAACAUCGAGAAGCCCUCGCUGCCGGUCGAAACUGUCGUAGUGGCAACUUGUCCAGCUGCAGAGGCUCAAGUUCAUGCCGUUCGUGGAGUCUUUAAACUGUGGCCCCCGCGAUCUGCAGACUGUGUGGCUCUGGCCACUGAGUUGCUUCAGAGUCGGACUCCGCUGGUGUGGCUGUGCAGCGAUGGUGAUGAGGAACAAGCAAUGUUUUACCCAGAUAAUGAUUACAGCACAUUUACAUCCUGCGCUCGGCUGCUCGGAGGCUUUGUCGCAACAAUGUACUGGCUUCGCUUGGCUGUUUCGGAAGACCGUAUGCUGCAGCCAACUGUUCGACUGAAGCGAGGGAUGGACUGCCCACACGAGCUGCACUUCGACAAGACUAUGGAGCAGGAAGCCACCUCAGCAGCCAGAGGCAUGGCCAUUGCAUAUCGAGCGGCCAUAGACGCGUCCGUGCCGAUCAAAUGGGUUGUGAGGAAGAAGUCCAAGGAGCUGAUCCUUGGCCAGUUUUCAUACAUUAAUGAGGACGUUCAGGAUUUUCCCCUCCGGGUUUAG